AGAAAAAAACAAAAGGAGCAGGACAACUGAAGAGAACAGAUGGAUUGUCUGACGUGCAUCUGGAUGUUUAGGUCCUGAAUCCUGUUUUUGCUUCUCUUAGCUUCUCUUUCAAGCAGGUUGAUGUGAGGGGGCCAAUUUUGAUUUUUUUGAUUUGUUUUUGUGAAGCUUUGACAAGCCUUUUUGUUUUAUCUGGAUAUGAAGUUUUGUCUCUCUUCUUUUUCAACCACACGUUGCCUGGAGGUAAAAAGGAUCUCUCUGGAGCAACUGAGAAUAUCAAUUUGAACAUCGCAGGCAAUCCCGAAAAAAGCUGGCCAUCACAAGAAAGACCCUGGUUUGUAACUAGAAUCUAUGACUGUUUCGUCUUAUUUUGAAGAGUUUCUAAUAUUCAGCCUUCCAUUUUCAAUUUGGAAAUAUCUGCUUUAAAACACGGACCUGGACGUGUUCCUCAGAUUUUUUGCGCAGACAAAAUGAAUUCAGCGGGAUAUGCUAACAUUUCACGCAGGUGGUGAAGAGUCUGGACACAGCGGGAUCACCUCAGCCAGUCUGGACUGUGGAGGGCUCCCCUCCCUGCCCUCGUAGUCUAUCCUCGCCCCCAGCAGCAUGUCCCAGGCUCUGAGGCUGCUUCUAGUCCUCCUCACAGCACACUACCAUGAUCAGAUGGGCUGCUGGAGGGAGUAAGGCUGCUUUUGCCUCGUUCUGCUCCUGGACUGGCUUAGUGGCUCGCUCUGGCUCUGGGACCAGCUUCCGACCAAAGUCAUCAGGACUCUUUUCCUCCUUCACUUUCUCUGUGCUGGUUGCACUGCUGGUUUUUUCCCUGUGCUUACCUGAGGUCGCCUGCCGUCAGCUCCGCAGAAACAGGCUGAGGUCCCCCGAUCUGGAAACAUCUGGAGUUCCACUGAAUGUUUCAGAGAGUGAACUGAUCUCCAGACCUAAAGCCACCAGGGACCCGCUGGGUCGGGCUGGAGGACCACAGGGGAGGCAUGUGCGCAGCUACAAUCAUCUGCAAGGGGACAUACGCAGGAGAAAAUUGUUCUCUUUCCAGAAGUUUUUUCUGAGGAUCGAUAGGAAUGGACAAGUCAAUGGAACCAAGAGCAAGGAUGACCCCCUCAGUAUUUUGGAAAUCACAUCAGUGGAAGUGGGAGUGGUGGCCAUUAAAGGGCUGAACAGCAACUACUAUCUGGCCAUCAGCAGGAAAGGCGAGCUGUACGGAGCGAGAGAGUUUGGCGUGGACUGCAAGCUGAAAGAGCGCAUCGAGGAGAACGGCUACAACACGUACGCGUCGGCAGAAUGGAAGAACAAGAAGCGGCAGAUGUUUGUGGGCCUGAACGUCCACGGGAAACCAAUGAGGGGCAUGAAAACCCGCAGGAAGAAAACGGCCACCCACUUCCUUCCGAUGAUGGUGUGAACCUAGGAGCCCACCUGGGGCGGAAGCCGACACACGGAGCACUGGAGGUUCUCAAUACCAGGCAGCCAUGAAAUAAAGACAUGCGUUGAAAAGUCUCACCUGGGAAAAGAAAAGAAAAAAGGCACUAACACUGUUACACAAAGUGAACUCUUAUUUGGUUGAGAUUACAUAUUUCCUUCGAGUGAGAGAUGUUAAACUGAAUUUUGAGUGGCACCAAAAGCAGCAGUUAUCUUUAUUUUUUUUUUACUGUGCCAAACAGUUUGAAGCUGGAGUCUGUGUAUGAUGUGGACAACACAGAAGAUACUAUCCAAGUUGGAUGUAUCUAAACGUGUUAUUUAUAAUUCGAUUGCUCCAGAGAGACAAGGAGAAGGGACAGACGGAGAAUUGGCAAAGGGCAAGGUAAUAUUCAGAUUAUCGUGACGGCAUGAAAUAUUAAGAAUUUAAAGCACAUUUAAAGUAAUCGUUUGAUACUUAACCACUGAGUUUUGGCUGAAUUUUAAUGAUUUAUUUAUUUUUGUGAGAUAUUUAACUGGAAGGAACACCGGCAAUCCUCUGCGUUCUACUUUUUAUAGGAUCUCUAUCAUGUGAAAAUAAAACUGCUAUUCUUCUUCUC